GAGCCUUCGUUCUUUGCAGCAGUGUCAACAUGCCUGAACAUAGACAGGGCCAGUUAUCCACAACGAAAGAAGCAAAGUGGAAAGCAAAACUCCUAAAGGAAAUCAUAACUAGCUACCUGAAGACAUGAGCACAUUUCUUAAAGCGGCUAUUUGGAAACUGUGGACUAGGAUGCUUUUCUGUCACCGAUUUCCUCAAAGGCAUUAUUGAGGUGAUGCAGCAGCAGCAGCAGCGAAACAAUCGUAACGGACCGCCUCUGAUAGCUAGCUAGCUUACAGUAGCUAGCUAGGUAGAUGCCUUUACAGAAAAAGGCGCAGUCUUUUGGCCAAGUCGUUUUACAAACCUCAACAUAUCCGAAAGAAAAGUUGCUAAUAUUACAAUAUAAUAUUGCGGGUGCACAUGUAUGUGUUUAAUCAGCUAAUGGUAGAUAGUCAGUUUCUCCUUUAGCUAGCUAGCCAUCUAGCUGUGCUAGCCAAGCCUGUCAAUUCAGCGGAUGAACUUGGUAUUCUGUGGAGACGCCGACAUCAGACGUAGGGCAGUGUGAGGAAGCUGAGAAAAUAUUGGGAGUAUUCAACUAGCUAGCAAGACGUGGUUGAUUUUAAAGGGAACAUAACAUUUUACCUGCGCAUUUGUUUAUGAAAUGGUAAUGGGGGAGUUUCUCGGUAAUUUAACUAUUAAGGCUUCAUUCUUGUCGAUGAUGCGACAAUCGCUCGGAUGUUAAUUUCUCACUGUUUGAAAGCUAUGUAUCCUGCUCAAUUAGUUUACAACAUUUAGUUAGUUAGGUAUUAAACAAUUGCUUAACUGUAUUAAUAGUUGUCGUUCGGUUUGAUUCGUUUUUUUGUUAUCCAGUUCACAACGUUAGCGUCACAACCAAACAACAUGGAUCAGAAUGACAAAAGGAUUUGCACGAAUCAAACCCAUACAUUUACUGGUGACCAGUCACUUCACUGAGGGACCACGACACUUGAUUUCUGGACACGUACUCGCCGCCACAAUGAGAUAAUACAGCAGCAGAUAAUACAGCCGUGACAUUUGUCCACCCUGAGUUAAAUUCCACAGUCCAACAUGACCACACCAGCUCUACUGCCACUGUCGGGCCGCAGGAUACCCACCCUGUCACCCGGCGCCGCCUCUUUCCCACACCACAGAGCCACUCUGAGGCUCUCAGAGAAGUUUAUCCUUCUCCUCAUCCUCAGUGCCUUCAUCACUUUAUGCUUUGGAGCUUUCUUCUUCCUCCCGGACAACUCAAAACACAAGCGCUUCGACCUGGGCUUGGAAGACGUGCUGAUUCCGCACAUCGAGGCGCCCAAAGGAGCUAAGCAUCCUGGUGGACAGGUGGUCAUACAUGGACAGGGGGACCAUGAUGAACACAGACACAGGGAGGAGGAGGAGAGCCUGCGGGAUAAGAUCCGAGCGGACCACGAGCGGGCGUUGCAGGAAGCCAAGGAGAAGCUGAGCAAGUCCCGGGACGAGCUGCGGGCUGAGAUCCAGACGGAGAAGAGCAAGGUGCUAGAGGACCUGAAGAAGGAGGGGCCCAAGCCGUUACCGCCGGUCCCCAUGCCCAAGGUGGUGGGGGUCAACGAUGGAGACCCUGGGGAGCCCGACAUCAAGGAGAAACGAGACAAGAUCAGAGAGAUGAUGAAGCAUGCGUGGGACAGCUACAGACAGUACGGAUGGGGACACAACGAGCUGAAACCUCUCGCCAAGAAAGGACAUUCUACCAAUAUCUUUGGUAAUUCCCAGAUGGGGGCCACCAUAGUGGACGCCUUAGACAGCCUGUACAUGAUGGGACUUCACGACGAGUUCAAGGACGGACAAGAGUGGAUAGAGCAGAACCUGGACUUUAGUGUGAACGCAGAGGUGUCUGUCUUCGAGGUCAACAUCCGCUUCAUUGGAGGACUGCUUGCCGCCUAUUACCUCUCAGGACAGGAGGUGUUUAAGGUGAAGGCGGUUCAGUUGGCUGAGAAGCUGCUCCCAGCCUUCAACACUCCCACAGGCAUCCCCUGGGCCAUGGUCAACCUCAAGAGUGGUGUGGGUCGUAACUGGGGCUGGGCGUCAGCAGGCAGUAGUAUCCUAGCAGAGUUUGGAACACUCCACAUGGAGUUUGUCCACCUCACUUACCUCACCGGGAACCCUGCUUACUAUCAGAAGGUGAUGCACAUACGGAAGCUGCUGGCCAAAAUGGACCGACCCAACGGGCUAUACCCAAACUAUCUGAACCCUCGUACUGGCCGCUGGGGCCAACACCAUACAUCAGUUGGAGGUCUGGGGGACAGUUUCUAUGAGUACCUGCUGAAGGCCUGGCUCAUGUCAGACAAGACCGACACAGAGGCACGCAAGACCUACGACGACGCUAUCGAGGCCAUCGAGCGUCACCUGAUCCGUAAGUCCAACGGCGGCCUGACGUUCAUCGGGGAGUGGAAGAACGGCCACCUGGAGAGGAAGAUGGGUCACCUGACGUGCUUUGCCGGGGGGAUGUUCGCUCUGGGGGCCGACGGCUCACCUGACGACAAGGCUGGACACUACCUACAGCUGGGGGCUGAGAUCGCACACACCUGCCACGAGUCCUACGACCGCACCGUGUUGAAGCUGGGUCCGGAGGCCUUUAAGUUCGACAGUGGUCUGGAGGCAGUGGCAGUACGUCAGAAUGAGAAGUACUACAUCCUGAGGCCAGAGGUCAUCGAGACCUACUGGUACAUGUGGAGGUUCACCCACGACCCCAAGUACAGGCAAUGGGGCUGGGAAGCAGCACAGGCCAUUGAUAAGUACUGCAGGGUCAGCGGUGGGUUCUCUGGGGUCAAGGACGUCUACUCGUCCAACCCAACCUACGACGAUGUUCAGCAGAGCUUCUUCCUGGCCGAGACGCUCAAGUAUCUGUACCUGUUGUUCUCCAGUGAUGACCUGAUGCCUUUGGAGAGCUGGGUGUUCAACACGGAGGCCCACCCCCUGCCGGUACUGCACCUUGCCAACCUCACCCUCCCAGGGAGCCAGGGCCAGCGGUAGAGACCAGGGGGCCUCCAGACCUCCAGGGGGCCACAGCGGCCCUGCCUGCCUCCAUCUCUCCCUCUCACUGCUACAGACUGCAGAAGGAGAGAGCUCAGACCACUGCAGAGUGGAGGGCACUGAAACAAUAGCCUUUCUCGCUCGCUCUUCUUUAAUUCUCUGGCUCGUACUCUUUCUAUAGCUCUCUCUGCUUAUCGUCAGGACGGAGGGUGCGUUCCACUUUUGUGAUUGACUGGGAAGUCCUCCUAUUCGGCGUUACUUUUUUGUUGAAACACAGAGCCACAAUCAGGAAGCUUGAUUUGUUUUGGCCAAACUGUCUCAUAAUGGACGCACAUAGGAGCAAGACAGUGUGUACGAACAGACAGACAGAUGGACCUUCCUCUGAAGGGAUGUGUAUGUUCAGACAGACUGAUUAGACAGACUGACAGUCAAACCGAAGACUAUGGAAUCUAUGGGGUUUGUUUUCUUUUGUCAUUCUGUGUCCUGGACGCUGAUUGGCGGGGACACGACAGACUGCGACCGUCCUAGUCCUUCUGCCAUUUCCUGUUUACUGUCUUACUCUGAACUUUGACCUGGAACUGUAUCAGUGUCACUUUGUGGACGGGAGCAACGGCUUCAUGCCUACCCUUCUGGAACCUUUGAAAAGUGGACUGGUGAUAUGGAACUAUUUUCCAUAGCAUUCUCUGCUACAUUCUGCCGUUUCUGUAUACCUUCUCCUCUUUCUGGUCUUUUGUCUCUUUCUGUCACACACUCUCUAUCUCCCUCUCCUUCCAUCUCUUAUGAUUAGCAGGUGACGUAGCUUAGCCUGGCCUCAUAUUGUUGCUGCUAUUCAACCGAUUCUGCAUCUCUACCUUGUCUUAUCACACCAUUCCAACUCCCUCCAUCUUCUCUUUCUUAUCAUUCUUCUUCACUUCUCCAAUCACGCCUUUCUGAUCUGGUAAACUUCCGUUCCUGUCUUUUCCAUAAAUCACUACCACUCCACAGACAGAUUGGGACAAGGCUUGUUUUGGCAGUGUUUUCUGUCUGCUGAUUAAAUGGCCCCUAUAGAUAAAUUGUUAUGCACUUUGUUGUUUAUAUUACUAAGAGGGAAAAGAGUUAGACCACUGUCGGAGCUGAAGACACAAAGCCCUCCAUUUAUAAUCUGUGUCUUUGACAUGGACCCAUAGUGUUGCACUGCCACUGAUGGGUAGGGCCUGGAGUUCUUACUCUUCAGGAACAACUCCUCACCCUGCUGAUAGGAUUCUACCCAAACUGUUUCUUGUUCUUAUUCUAAUCACAAUUUGCUAAUUAGGACUUGGCCUCAGUCACCUGUGCAAUGAGUGCAUGUUGAAUGUUAUGGCAUUCAUUCUCUAUGGACUUGUGUGUUCUAAAUGGAUCUAUUGUGUUUUGUGUGAAUGUGGUUUCUGCAACAGUAGAUGGAACGCAAGGAAGUCUGCUGUGUUCAGUGAUGAAUCUGUGAUUGGUGUGUUGAUGGGGAGGGGGAUACUUUAGGUUUAGGGGGCUGAAGGUAACACUAGGAAAUAGAAGGGUACCCUGAAAUAAAUAACAUUUUUGUUGGACCUAUACAUUAUUUUAAAGCCUUAUCAAGUGUUACUAUGUGAUGCCUUUCGCCAAUACUGUGCUUUUUCAUUAUCAUUUUUUUACAAAAAGUUAUUCAUACACCAGUUCCUUUUCUAUGAGCCACCCUGCUGUCCCUCUAGCACAGCCACCCUGCUGUCCCACUAGCACAGCCACCCUGCUGUCCCUCUAGCACAGCCACCCUGCUGUCCCACUAGCACAGCCACCCUGCUGUCCCUCUAGCAGAGCCACCCUGCUGUCCCUCUAGCACAGCCACCCUGCUGUCCCUCUAGCAGAGCCACCCUGCUGUCCCUCUAGCACAGCCACCCUGCUGUCCCUCUAGCAGAGCCACCCUGCUGUCCCUCUAGCACAGCCACCCUGCUGUCCCUCUAGCACAGCCACCCUGCUGUCCCUCUAGCAGAGCCACCCUGCUGUCCCACUAGCAGAGCCACCCUGCUGUCCCUCUAGCACAGCCACCCUGCUGUCCCUCUAGCACAGCCACCCUGCUGUCCCUCUAGCACAGCCACCCUGCUGUCCCUCUAGCACAGCCACCCUGCUGUCCCUCUAGCACAGCCACCCUGCUGUCCCACUAGCACAGCCACCCUGCUGUCCCACUAGCAGAGCCACCCUGCUGUCCCUCUAGCACAGCCACCCUGCUGUCCCUCUAGCAGAGCCACCCUGCUGUCCCUCUAGCACAGCCACCCUGCUGUCCCUCUAGCACAGCCACCCUGCUGUCCCUCUAGCACAGCCACCCUGCUGUCCCUCUAGCACAGCCACCCUGCUGUCCCUCUAGCACAGCCACCCUGCUGUCCCUCUAGCAGAGCCACCCUGCUGUCCCUCUAGCACAGCCACCCUGCUGUCCCUCUAGCAGAGCCACCCUGCUGUCCCUCUAGCACAGCCACCCUGCUGUCCCACUAGCACAGCCACCCUGCUGUCCCUCUAGCAGAGCCACCCUGCUGUCCCACUAGCACAGCCACCCUGCUGUCCCUCUAGCACAGCCACCCUGCUGUCCCACUAGCACAGCCACCCUGCUGUUCCACUAGCAGAGCCACCCUGCUGUCCCUCUAGCAGAGCCACCCUGCUGUCCCUCUAGCAGAGCCACCCUGCUGUCCCUCUAGCACAGCCACCCUGCUGUCCCUCUAGCAGAGCCACCCUGCUGUCCCACUAGCAGAGCCACCCUGCUGUCCCUCUAGCACAGCCACCCUGCUGUCCCUCUAGCACAGCCACCCUGCUGUCCCUCUAGCACAGCCACCCUGCUGUCCCUCUAGCACAGCCACCCUGCUGUCCCUCUAGCACAGCCACAAUGAUGAUGAUGGGCUGAUUACAGAACCACUCACCUUGCCAAUCAAUAAAGCCAUACAAUGUGUGUCUCUUUUUAGCUAAUUGGUUGGUUUCUGUCACUCAUUACCCAUGUGUUAACUGAGUACCACCUGGCUGCACCUAUAUAACACCUGUCCCACCAUCUCACCAUUCCUUUUUCCUCUACCUCUUUUUACUCUGUCACACCCUUUCUACUCCUUCAUAUCCCUACAAUUUUCUAUUUGUCUCUUUCUCCCCAGCUAUCCCUCCCCCUGUCCCCAUCUGUCGGCAGCUCAGUGUCUCCCUCUAGUGGUGGAGGCAGUAGCAGCAGCCUACUGGUGUAGAACGUUAUGAAGUAUAUGUAUCACUGUUUGCCCACCCUGCCCCCACCUUCCUCUCUGACAUUACUGCUUUCUGUCUGGGGAGGAAGCCCAGGCCUCCUUUGGCGCUGUCAGUCGCCGUGAGGAUGUUGAUUUUGAGAAAAAAAAGUGUUCUGUAUUUUUACUGAACAAAAAAAGACAUGUAAAUAUGUUUAAAUGAGACACAAAUUCAAUAAAGAUGUUAUGAAAAGUGAACAGAAUAACUAAAA